AUGGGUAGUAAAUCCUCAGAGGAGGUCCCGGAAUUAACGGGAGAUGAGAAAUAUAUGCAGGAAAAAGAUAAGAGGAACACCUAUUUUAACCAGACAUGGAGGAUGGUCCAGUGUCUGGGUACUCCAGUGGUCCAGUGUCUGGGUACUCCAGUGGUCCAGUGUCUGGGUACUCCAGUGGUCCAGUGUCUGGGUACUCCAGUGGUCCAGUGUCUGGGUACUCCAGUGGUCCAGUGUCUGGGUACUCCAGUGGUCCAGUGUCUGAGUACUCCAGUGGUCCAGUGUCUGGGUACUCCAGUGGUCCAGUGUCUGGGUACUCCAGUGGUCCAGUGUCUGAGUACUCCAGUGGUCCAGUGUCUGGGUACUCCAGUGGUGUACAAGAAGCAGGCAGCCUGCAGCCUGGGGGUUCUGGGCCAGAGGCUGGUGGAGCAGGAGGAGGACUUUGCAGGGAGGGCAGCCUCCUACCAGACAGAAAUACAGCACCUCCAGAGGCUUCUACGAGACAAACAGCACGACCUGGACGGAGUGCUGCAGCAGAAAAGAGAGGUGGAAGGUGAGUUGGAGGUGGUGUGGGUGGCAGCGACCAGAGAGAACCAAAGAAUUAGGGAGACCCUCCAGGACUCCAGCCCAUCUCUCCCCUCCCUCAGCCCAGCCAGAGUGCACCAUGGCAGGGGUCUGAGCGAUGGACCCUCCCCCAGCUGGCUCUCCCACCCCCAGGAUGAGGUGUUCUACCCCCGUCCGCACCCUGACAGCUCUGGCCCUCCUCCCUGCAUCUCCUCUCCCCAGAGCGGCGGCCGGCCCGGCCUCCACCACAGCCCUAUGUUCGAGUCUGACUCGGACCAGCACCAGAACCCCUCCUCAGAUGAGAGCGAGAAGAACGGCAUGGACUUCUAUUCUUAGUGUCCUUUUUUGUAUUGGUCUUAGGGAAGACAAGUAGCCUGGUCC